AUGGACAUGGCUGCGCCAUCCAAGCCGUCCUUUAAACAAGCAUGUGACAACUGUCGUCGUCGCAAGAUCAAAUGCUCUCGCGAAUUGCCUUGUGACAAAUGUCAGCGUCUGCUCUUGUCCUGUUCCUAUAGCGAUGUGCUGCGUCGCAAAGGACCCAAGUUUCGAACCCUCUACCCGCUGGCGCCUAUUCAUCCACUAUCAACUCGCAAUAAUGCCUCCCAGGAGCGGCUCUACACCGACCAAGAUCCGUAUCAACCAGACGGAUCCUAUGGAAUCAGUUCUCCAGCGUCUCCAAAUUUCAUGGUGAUCGACGCCCAGUAUGUUCCACAUGACCUCUCCGACACCCUCUCUCAACUUCCACCACCAGAGCUGGUCUCUUCUCCGGACUCGACCGAUUCACUGAUGGAAUCGGUUCGGGGCCAGAGUACCGGCCAACUGCUCCCGGGUCCACGACGUCUCUCAUCACAGAUCUUGCUCGCCCAUGUCAACGUUUAUUUGAAGUAUCUGUUCCCGAUCAUGCCGGUUGUACGGGGAGACCAGCUGCGGCGGGAUAGCCAGCAGCCGGAGAUGUUGUCGCCCUCUCGGUACGCGUUCCUGGCCUCCCUCUGUGCUGCCACGCACAUCCAGUUGAAGCUCGAUGGGGACACUCCGGUCCCAGACCCAGCUCGUUUGGAGAGUCUGGGCGAUGGCCAUUCCUUGUUCUCGGGGGAGACACUGCUGUCCGAGGCUCUGCGGGCACGCCGUGACUGCGACAUUCUAGACGACGUGAGCAUCGAAAGCCUCCUCACCUCAUUUUUCUUGUUUGCCUCUUAUGGCAAUCUGGAUAAACAGAGUCAUGCAUGGUACUACCUCUGUGAGGCCAUCUCCAUGACAUUUUCCUUGGGUCUGCAUCGAGAAUCGACCUAUGCAGAGCUCAGUGUUGAAGAUGCCGAGGAAAGGAGGCGAGUCUUUUGGCUGCUAUUCAUCACAGAGAGGGGCUAUGCACUUCAACAAGCCAAGCCAGUCAUGCUUCGAAGCUCAAUUCACAAGCCCCAAGUUCUCUGCUCCGAAGACCCCAUUCUGGCCUACGGCUUUAUCAACUUGAUUGGAAUCUUUGAGAAACUCACCUCAAAUCUUUACGAUUGGCUUUCCGCAGGCGGGGCCGACGGUCUGUUAGAGCGACCCCCGACAUCCAACAUUCAAGCGGGUCUGUGUAAGCCGGUCUCUCUCGAUGGGGUCAUGGAGAUCCAGCAGGUCGACAUUCUCAUCACACAGCAAUGGCUGCAAGCAAUGAUGUGGAAAUUGUCCAUGAGCCACGCCACACAACCGGGCAAUCACGAUGACCGAGUUCUUCCCUUUCAUCUCCCCGUCAUGGUCGGUAAAGCCGUCAUGGGUGUGAUCGGUUCCGCUUCCCAGGGUGCGGUUGACGCUCACGGGAUCGGCAUGGAGCAAAAACUCUUCGAUAUGGGCCUCUCAGUCGCCGACGUGACCCAAUCCCUCGGCACCAAAGGCGUCCAUCGUCUCGCCGAAUCCACCAUCGACCCCCGCGAACUCCUAUGGGGAAUCCUGCAGACCCUCUCCCAGAUCCGCGGAUCCCCUUCCUAUCUCUUCCCCACACUCCUCGAACGGUGCAAGUCCGUCCUCGGACUGGACUGCACCAUCACCGUUGGCAACUUCCUCCCAACAUUGGGCGCGCAGGUGCCCAAUGCCUCGGGACUUUCGGGAGUUCCCUGGGCAGGCGAGCAAGGCUGGGACUUAUUGGCCGCGUGUCGGGAUGUUCGAGGUUCCCAUAGUAUUCACAUGGAAGGCGAGCAUCAAGAACAUGACGAGCAUCUUCACCGACAUCUUUCGGGGGCGGGCUUGGUAGGAUCGCAACUGGAGUUUUAG